AUGCCUACCGAAAGCGUCAAGCCUGACAGAAUAUGGUCGCUUGCGCCAGAACAUGAGAUUGUCCUCAAGCAAACAUGGGCAAUCAUAUUGAAGCAUUUUGGAUAUGACUUGGACAAUCUCUCCUUCCAUGAUCUUGAGCUUAAAUCCAACUUCGUUGCAUCUAAAAGCAAGAACGCUCUUCCUAUCAUUCCAAAAACAUCUGAUCCAGGCGAUGUGCCCGAACCUUCGAAACGCACAGUGGAAACAUAUCACUCAUUGUCGGGAAAAACAGCCGAUGAACUUACAGGCGAGUUUGAUAAGUCCGCAAAAGCUGUUUCAAAGGAGCAUUACCACCAUUUUAGCAAAUUCGAUGACGUGGAGAUGCACCAGGCUUUCUUCAGCUCCGUUAGAAAUGAUUCUCCCGACAAUGACUUGCUCCGUUUUGUUAGAGCCAGAAAGUUUAAAGUGCACCAUAUUGUAGAAAUGGCUGCCAAGUGUUGGGAGUGGAGAGCCACGACUCAUAACGUCAACAAGUGGUUUUACGAGGGAGACGCUCAGGUUUUUUUUUCGGGUAAGAAGCCCGAGUUCAUCAAGGCUUUCGAGUUGGAAAAAGCCUAUAUGAGAGGUGAGGAUUAUUCCGGGGGCCCUGUGGCUGUUAUCCGGGUCAAGAAGCACUUUGGCCAUGACUGCCCGGAAAAGGACUUUGAAAGAUUCAUCUGUGUGUUCAUUGAAUGGAGUCGAUUGCGCAUGAGAAACUACGAAAUUGGAAAUGACGGAGCUAACAUUCUUUUUGAUAUGACUGGUUUUUCCUUGAAGAAUGCGGAUAUGAAUGCUGUAAAGUUUUUGGUCAAGCAAUUCGAGGCAAACUACCCAGAGUCAUUGAACGCGAUAUGGGUUCACAAAGCUCCUUGGAUUUUCAAUGCUGUCUGGAAGAUCAUUAAGGGCUGGUUGGAUCCUGUUGUUGCCUCGAAAAUUCAUUUCACCAAAUCUGCUCAAGACUUAGAGAAGUUUCUUGACAAGAAGUACAUUCCUAAAAACCUCGGUGGCUCUGACUCUUAUGAACCUAAGUAUGUACCCCCAACGAAAGAGAACAGCAGCACCCGUCCUAAAGAUGACACAUAUGUGAAGUUGAUGGAACAACGCAAGAAAUUGAUGCUUUCAUUUAUUGAGACAACCAUUUUGUGGAUCCAGGCAAAGACAACAGAGGAGUCCACAAAGUAUUUGAACAGUAAAAUCGACUUGGGAGCAAAAUUAGGCUUAAAUUACAAAGCAUUGGAUCCUUAUGUGCGUUAUAGGGGAGCGUUUGACAGGGACGGUUCUCUAGGAGAGAUUGGUAUUUAG